UCUAAAGGUUUCUUCAAUGAAACAAUCUCACGGUCUCGAUCAAUCAUGGCCCGUUCAAUCUGCUCCCUCUCCCUAACAACAUCAACAAUCGCUUUCUUCAGUUCCCCAAGUGUUCUCACCAUUAUGGCAGGUAAGCCUUCGAACGAGGUUAUUUGUAGUAGCGGAAACAAGGAGUYGCUGAAUUCGAGCUCGCCUCUUCGCCGGUUACUCCGAUUUCUAGUAUGAUAUGUCCUAGAUAUUCGUCGCCGUUUCUCGGUGGUGGUGUGAUCAGUUCUUUGCUAGAAUAGGAUCGUCUCUGGGUGGAAUUUCACCAUAAUUGAAGAAGUUGGAACAUUUCUCUAUUUAGAAAGUUACUGGGGAUGACUAUUGUUUGUUUUGAGCAUUGGUGAAAGGAAUCGCUAUCAACGCAUUACUCUUCGGGAAAAGAUGAAUUGCGGAUGACUGUGAAAGUGGUCAUAUGUUAUGGUGAUAAAGAACGGAGUCAUUAUAAAGAGGCAAUGGUUGCAAUUACUGUAGAUGAAUCUUUGAAACGAUACUGCCAACGCAUUGAAAAAUCUGAUUUCUGGGGAGGAGAGUUUGAAUUAUUGGUGUUAUCGAAGUUACCAAAGCAUGAGCACAGGGUGGGAGGAUGGGGCACUGUUUUUAUUCCUAUCGCAAAGUAUGGAGCUGAGUUCAACAAGACAUCAAAGGGAAAACAAGGAAGGCAGUAAGGCUUUUGUACACUGGUUGGAACCAUUAUGAUCUUCUCUCUCUUGUCGUGUCAACUUCAUCUCCACAGCUUCUCUCCCUCUCUCCUCAUAUCUGACAUUCUCUUCCAUCUUAGCCUUGAAGGCAGCACCCUCGGACUUUGCUGGUAGGCAAGCCGGAGUUUCAGUUAAUAAUAGUUAAUGCAAGAGGGAGAGGACAUUAAAGGAGUGACUCUUUUUCAGCAGCGGAAGCAGGGAGAAAGUUUGCGUUAAAUACACAGCGGCGCCAAAGAAAGCGUAAAGCAAAAGAUACAGCAAUCCAGUUGAGGAGAAAUGAAACCAGCCAACGCGUAGAAGAGCUUCCACAAUUUUUCCUGUUGUUGUCUUUCUGAAAUGCCUCCUGGUCAGAUGAAAGACCCCCAUGAGAAACAUGUGGUUUCUAGGAAACCUCUACAGAACUCCAUGAAUCAACCAAAGUCCUCACCCGAGAUGUUGAAGGACUGUGCAAUUUGCUUGCAAGAGCCAAAGAAGAAUAUAGGUAGGAGAAGGGGAAGAGGGAAAGGGAAAGAUGCCCAAGCGGAGAGAAGAUUGAAGCAAGUUGACCUUGAUCAUGAAGUGGAACCGCCAGUUUCAAGCAAAGGUCUCAUGUUUCAACGCCGACCUGGCUAUGGUCAAGCUGGUACCAAAUACAUAGUUAAAGCCAACCAUUUCGUGGCCGAGCUACCAGACAAGGACUUGAAUCAAUACGAUGUUACAAUAACUCCUGAAGUGGUUUCCCGUCGCUUAAACAGAGCUAUCAUGGCACAGUUGGUGAAGCUAUACAGAGAGACUGAUUUGGGCAUGAGGCUACCUGCAUAUGAUGGACGGAAAAGCCUUUACACUGCCGGGUUGCUGCCUUUUACUUCCAAAGAGUUCAGUGUGACUUUGGUGGAUGAAGAUGAUGUGCUGGGAAUUACAAGGGAAAGAGAAUUUAAGGUGGCAAUCAAAUUUGUAGCUCGUGCAGACCUUCACCAUUUACGUCAGUUUCUUGCUGGAAAACAAGCCAAUUCUCCUCAAGAUUCUCUCCAGAUUCUUGAUAUCGUGUUAAGGGAAAUCUCCAACCAAAGGUACAUAUCAAUUGGGAGAUCCUUUUACUCUCCUGAUAUUAGAAAACCACAACGUCUAGGCAAUGGGCUGCAAUCUUGGUGUGGCUUUUACCAGAGUAUUAAACCAACACAGAUGGGACUGACUCUGAAUAUUGACAUGUCAUCGACUGCUUUCAUUGAACCACUCCCCGUGAUUGAGUUUGUUGCACAAGUUUUGGGCAAAGAUGUAUUGUCCAGGCCAUUGUCUGAUGCAGAACGAAUUAAGGUCAAGAAGGCCCUUAGAGGAGUCAAAGUUGAAGUUACUCACAGAGGAAAUGUACGAAGAAAGUACCGUGUUUCAGGGUUGACAUCACAACCUACAAGAGAACUAAUUUUUCCAGUUGAUGAACAAAUGAACAUGAAAUCAGUUGUUGAUUACUUUCAAGAGAUGUAUGGGUUUACCAUUCAACAUACCCAUCUUCCUUGCCUUCAAGUUGGAAAUCAGAGAAAGGCAAACUAUUUACCAAUGGAGGCCUGCAAGAUAGUUGAAGGACAGAGAUACACCAAGAGGUUGAAUGACAAGCAGAUAACUUCCUUGCUAAAGGUUACAUGCCAGAGACCACGGGAGCAGGAAAUGGACAUUUUGCAGACUGUCCACCAAAAUGGAUAUGAGCAAAAUCCCUAUGCAAAGGAGUUUGGUAUCAGUAUCAYUGACAAGCUUGCAUCUGUUGAAGCUCGAGUUCUUCCUGCCCCAUGGCUGAAAUACCAUGAUACUGGAAAAGAAAAAGAUUGUUUACCUCAGGUUGGUCAGUGGAAUAUGAUGAACAAGAAAAUGAUAAAUGGAAGCACUGUAAAUCAUUGGGCUUGUAUCAACUUUUCAAGAAGUGUUCAAGAAAGCACCGUUCGUACAUUUUGUCAGGAACUGGCACAGAUGUGCCAAAUCUCUGGCAUGGAAUUCAACCGUGAACCUGUGAUUCCAAUCUAUUCAGCAAGGUCUGAUCAAGUAGACAAGGCCUUGAAAUAUGUAUACAAUGCGGCAGCAAACAAACUUAAAGGGAAAGAUUUGGAGCUCCUUAUUGCUGUUCUCCCAGACAACAAUGGUUCUCUAUAUGGUGACUUAAAGAGAAUUUGUGAGACAGAUUUGGGGUUGAUAUCCCAAUGCUGUCUAACAAAACAUGUUUUUAAGAUUAGCAAACAGUACCUGGCAAAUUUGUCGCUUAAAAUCAAUGUUAAGAUGGGAGGAAGAAAUACUGUGCUUUUAGAUGCUCUGAGUUGGAGAAUUCCAUUGGUCAGUGACAUCCCCACAAUUAUAUUUGGCGCUGAUGUAACUCAUCCAGAGACUGGAGAGGACUCUACUCCAUCAAUUGCUGCUGUGGUAGCUUCGCAAGACUGGCCUGAGGUUACAAAAUAUGCUGGGCUAGUUUGUGCUCAGGCUCAUCGACAAGAGCUUAUUCAAGACUUAUUCAAAACUUGGCAUGAUCCUCAGUGGGGUACAGUCACUGGAGGCAUGAUCAGGGAGCUUUUAAUUUCCUUCAGGAAGGCAACUGGGCAAAAACCAUUGAGGAUAAUAUUUUACAGAGAUGGUGUCAGUGAAGGGCAGUUCUAUCAGGUCCUGUUAUAUGAGUUAGAUGCUAUCCGUAAGGCUUGUGCAUCAUUAGAACCAAAUUACCAGCCUCCAGUAACAUUUGUGGUGGUCCAAAAACGCCAUCACACAAGGCUGUUUGCAAACAACCACAAGGAUAGAAGUAGCAUUGACAAGAGUGGAAAUAUCCUACCUGGCACUGUGGUGGAUUCUAAAAUAUGUCACCCUACUGAGUUUGACUUCUACCUCUGCAGUCAUGCUGGGAUCCAGGGUACAAGCCGACCAGCUCACUAUCAUGUUCUCUGGGAUGAGAACAAUUUCACAGCAGAUGAGAUACAAUCUCUUACCAACAAUCUCUGUUAUACAUAUGCACGGUGCACCAGGUCUGUUUCAGUGGUGCCUCCUGCUUAUUAUGCCCAUCUGGCUGCAUUUCGAGCUAGAUUUUACAUGGAACCGGAGGUGUCUGACAACGCUAUGACAAGAGGCACCCAGAAUGGAUCAUGUGUUCGUCCUCUACCUGCCUUGAAGGAAAAGGUGAAAAGGGUGAUGUUUUACUGUUAGAAGAACGAAGAACAAUGAAAACAUCGCUGUAGUCUGUACAUGAAUGUUGUAUUUAUAUUGUAGAGUGUAUUGCAGUCAUGUUCUUUGUUCGUGUAAAAAUCGAAUCCCAUUGGUUGGCCAAUGUUAUGGGGGUGUUCAUGUU